AUGGCUUCAUCACCGGCAUUGUUUACUGCUUCGCGCAGCCAAACACUAACAUACCUCUUGGCGGUGUGCCCCUUCUCUAUCGCCUUCCUAGUCUACAUCAAUUCAUCUAUCUCCUUCGUGGUAACCGAUUUAAUUGGACUCCAGGAUGGAGUGGGAGAUGCAGUGGGAACUCUGGGAUUCGCGGAUGAACUCCUUGCCCUGGUUGCCUGCCCACUUUGGGGUGUUCUCUCGGACCGAAUCGGAGUCCGCCAUGUAUGUACUGCAGGCUAUGCUAUUGUAGCACUCGCGCUAGUCGUUUUUGUUCAAGCCACGAAUAUCUACCCUCAGCUUCUCUUCGGAAGGCUUCUUUUCAGCAUCGGCGGCUCAGCAGUGUCGACCAUGGUCACCGCGGUUUUGCCAACUGUCACUGGCACAGUCUUUAAUGCCAAGGCAUAUCGCGCGUCUGUGUCUUCAGAGUUGACCAUCACACCGGAGCGUGUUAGAAAUGGUCAUUCCAUAGGUGUCGGUGCCUCCGGCGCUUCGCCGUCUGCGCGACUCUCUGGGUUUGUUGGCAUGUGCGCUGGCUGUGGUGCGCUCGUGGCACUAGUUGUUUUCCUACCGCUUGCAGCCCGGUUUGAGAAGAUGGGAUUAUCUCCAUCGCAGGCGAUCCAACGCAGCUAUUAUCUGGUUGCUGCCAUAUCCCUUGUUAUUAGCCUUGUAUGCUUCAUUGGUCUCCGUGAUCUCCCCGGAGAAAAGUGCAAAAACUGGAGUGCACUGUGGAAAACACGUGACGAAGGCGAUGACGAUGAUGAUCUAUCUAUCCAUGGCCCAAGAUUGUCAUACUGGAAGCAGUUAACAACUGCGCUUACACUGGGAUUCCAAAACCGUAGCAUUGGACUGGGCUAUGUCGGAGGCUUCGUGGCCCGAGCCUCUUCUGUGGGGAUCUCAUUGUUCAUUCCUCUCGCCGUCAAUCACUACUAUCGGGCUUCGGGCCUCUGCGAUGAGGAACAUGAACCGGUGCCUGGGUCGGGAUUGGGGGAUAUUAAGAAAUCCUGCCCCCGUGCAUACAUCAUCGCAUCUAUACUGACCGGGGUGUCCCAAUUGGUGGCACUGAUUGCAGCUCCAGCAUUUGGGUACUUGACAGACAAAUCACGACGGUACAAUUUCCCACUUCUUUUCGCAGCAUUGGUGGGAAUCAUCGGCUAUAUUAUCUUCGCCACGCUUCCGAAUCCUUUAUUCGAGAAGCCUGACGGCAACCCGGCAGUAUUUGUUGUGAUGGCUCUGCUUGGAACCAGUCAGAUCGGGGCAAUUGUCUGCAGCUUGGCUGUGCUGAGCAACGGCAUCUUGCGAGUCAGCAUCGACAAUGAAACAUUAAGAAAAAUAUAUGAGGAGCGACGUGUUCGUGGGGAUGAGAAUGACGCAGAACCCGACGAGAGCCAGUCUCUUCUUGCUGGAUCAGCCAACCAGAGAUUGGAGCAUCUGUCUCACCUCAAAGGCUCCAUCGCCGGAGUCUAUUCACUAUAUGGUGGGGCUGGUAUCCUGCUGUUGACUAAAGUGGGCGGACUGCUAUUUGAUGUCCUGUCAUCGGGCACACCAUUCUAUAUCAUGGCGGGCUUUAAUGGUGUGUUGCUUAUCAUGGGAAUUGUGUGUGGGGGCCUCAGCCACUUUAGAUCCUCGACCAGAAGGACUUAG